GAUAAAAGUAAAAAUUUAAUCAAAUGCAAAUGCAAAUGCUAAUGAUUAUUAAAUAUUACGUUAAAGUCACAUUCAUCUUCCAUUACUAUUACGAUUACAGUUAAUGAUAAGCGAAAUUUUAAGAUAUCAUUCUUUGAGGAUGCUUAUUUUAAGUUGUUUUAUUUAAUAUCUGUGAUAUUGUCAUAAAAGUUAGUUUUUUAUAAGCAUAUUUAUUUUAUUUAAUUCGUUAAAAUGUGGUCAAAUAAGGUUACAUACUGUUUAUUUUCAGUUUCAACGAAAGGGAACUGGCUUUCAAGAAAUUUUAGUUUACACAAAUUGUCAGAAAGCCAUUCUAUACUCCAAAAAUUAUGUCGCGACUUCGCAGAAAAGGAACUUAUGCCUAUAGCUUCUCAGUUGGAUAGAGAACAUAAAUUCCCUGAAAAACAGAUUAAUAAAAUGGGAGAAUUAGGUCUUUUAUCGAUCAAUGUAUCCAAAAAAUACGGGGGUGCAGGACUUGAUACUUUGUCGCUAGCACUAGCCGUUGAGGAAAUUUCUAAAGGUUGCGCAGGUACUGGAGCUAUUGUAUCAAUUCAUAAUUGCUUGUACGGUAGCUUAAUGGAUAGCCUAGGCAAUCACGAGCAGAAAGAGAAAUUCCUAAGACCUCUGAUCAACAACAGUCACCUAGGUUGUUUUGCUCUCAGUGAACCAGAUGCCGGAAGUGAUGUUGUAAAUAUGUCAUGCACUGCCACAAGAGAUGGCACUAAUUUUAUAUUAAACGGUAGAAAAUCCUGGGUAACCAGUGCAUCUCAAGGAAAAGUAGCAGUAAUAUUUGCCACAAUAGACAAAAAUCUAAAGCACAAAGGUAUAACGGCGUUCAUAGUUCCUCUAUCCCUACCCGGAGUUACCAUCGGCAAAGAGGAAGAUAAAUUGGGCAUAAGAGCAUCAUCAACCUGCGACGUUAUUCUCGAAGACGUUCAGAUACCCCAAGAAAACGUUUUGGGGCAAAUAGGAGAUGGUUUCAAAAUAGCCAUGAGCCAAUUGGACAAAGCUCGCAUCGGCAUAGCCGCCCAAGCCGUCGGAAUCGCCCAAGCCGCCUUAGAUUUAGCCGUCGGAUACUCCUUGAAAAGGACAACGUCUGGGAAACCCAUUUGCCAAUUGGACGCUGUUAAGAUGAGAUUAGCAGACAUGUCUCUGCGGCUGGAAUCCGCGAGGCUGUUAGUGUGGCGCGCGGCGAUUUGUUGCGAUGAACAGCAAAGGACUACAAAAGAAUCUUCGAUGGCCAAGCUGUUUGCCAGCGAAACUGCCACGUUUGUCACACACAGCGCCAUACAAAUUUUGGGAGGAAUGGGAUACGUUUCGGACAUGUCGGCGGAAAGGCACUACAGAGACGCGAGAAUCACCGAGAUAUACGGGGGAGUGAGCGACGUUCACAGAAUUAUUAUCGGGGAACAGCUUGUGAAGAAUUACAAAUAAGAAGUAAUGUUUGAGGAAUUGUAUGGAGUGUACAAUAUCUUGUUUUCCAAAGUUAUCCAGUUGAUGUUGUUUUACAUCUAAUAGAAAACAAAUACUUGUACAUUUUAAUUUAUUAUUGAUGAAUAAAACGAAGUUUCUA